AUGGAACCACUUACAAUUCUGACAAAUAUUAUUCAACCAGAAUAUCUCAAAUAUUACAAGGAUUGGAUACAUAUUGCAAGCGAAAAAGAAGCCAGAGGUCUCCAAUUGAUUGGAGCCAUCUAUAAACACAAAGGAAGGAAAUUAUUUAGGUAAUAUUCAGAUCGAUAAUCAUAGAGCAAAACCUCCAACAGUUCAAUUACAAGAGCUAACAGAUCAAUAAGAAUUAGAGUAAUCUUAUUACAGUCAAUUUUGAAUAGUUUUAAAAAGGCUGAGGAGAUGCAUAGAAAAAAUUAAACAUCUACAACCUAUGGUACUGAAUUUGGAUACCUCUAAAAAUUACUAAAACCAUAGAAUAAUGUGUUUAAAUUUAAAAAGUGUUCUGAAUUAGAAUUCGCAUAACCUCUCAAUGACUUAGCUAAAUUAUUUUUGGAUAAUUGGAUUGAAAUGAAUGAUGAAUUGGAGUUUCAAGAACUAGUUCUUAAUUGUCUUAGAGCAUUAUUCAGCAGAUUUAAAGCGUAAUUAGUGCCUAAAACAGAAAUGAAGUAAGCUACACUCUAACUAUUUAUUAGAGUAAAAUAUGAAUAUAAGCCUGACUGGAAACUAUCUAACCCUAUAAGAGUCGAUAAAGCAGGAACAGAUAUUAAUGCUUAUAAAACCAAUUAUAAUGCUAUUUUCAAGUAAAGAUUGAAAUAAGAGCAAAUCAAAUAAAAAAUAGCUGAAUUAGACGGAACUGACUUUGCAAAAGCUUUAACAAUCCAUAAAUCAUUCAAAAUAACUUGA